CACAAGAAAGCGGGAACCGUGUCUCGGUGUUUCAUUCAUAAACAAAAUAUUUAUUUAGCGAUGUCGGAGGACAGGAGGCAGUUUGUAUCCGGCUGGAUUCGCUUUUUCUGAAAGCCUUUCCGUCUUUAAAAAGAAACAUAACGAAAAUGGACGAAAACAAUUCGAAAUACGUCCACAAAAGCGGUUUCAAGUUCAAACGGACUUCGAGCUUACAGAAACCAUCGUCCACACCCUCGAGUCUGCUAAACCUUCCUUCUCGCGACCCGUCUACCAAUGCUACAGACAUUACUACCCCUGCUUCUACCACCAAUACUGCGCCAAAUAACGCCGUAAGUAACCAAUUUCCCAAUUCUUUGGAUAGAUUUAAGGGGAGCAAUGUUUGCGAUAAAACCCAAAAUCCAUUCUCAGCUUCCAUCACAACAAAUGCUUCGAUUCGUUCAGCUUCUUCGAUUAUUAAUUUACUAUCGAAGCCCAAUCGCUCGUCAACAGCCCCAGCGACCACAAGCAGCAGUGUGGUCGAUAAAUCGAUGGCGAUUAAGAGACCUUUGUCUUUGGAGAGCAAAACAUCUUGCCCUUCGUUUUCUUCUGAUGUCGGUUCUUCCACCGUCACUUCUGCUGCUAAUGUUGGGUCGUCGUCCCUGUCGAAAGAACCGAAGCCUGUUCAAAAAACAAUGGGCAGUUUCUUGUCCAAUUUGCCUCUGACCAAACCGAAACCGAUUCAGGCCGUCCCCGCUCGACCGAUCUCUUCGUCGCAGGGCGCGCACCCGACUCCAUCAACCAAACGGAAGCUGGGUAGCGACGAGAACAGCAAAACCAACACGAAACCAAAAUCGACAUUGGGUUUUGGUCCUCGGAGCAGCCUGGUUCUUCCUGACCCUCACUAUGAUAAAAGUGAGGAUGAUGAUGAUUUUGACGAAAGUUUUUCAGUUUCGCCUGUUAUCAAUAGAAAGAAGGCACCCCUUCAUGUACCCUCGCUUCCACCGAACACUACUUCAAAACCGUCUUCCACCAUUUCAGCUCCUGCAAAACCUAACACUUUUAAAUUCUCGGCCUCAAAGAAACCUGAGACCCCAAAGACAAAAAGCAGCACCGGCAUCACUGUCCCUGACAGUGAUGCCGACGACGACGAAACUGGAACCGUUUGCAAUCCUAGGAAGCGGCGAAAGAACCGUGUUGUAUCGAGUGAUGAUGAUAAUGAGGUUGAUGGUGGCGGAGGAGACCCAAAAAUAUCUAGUUUUGAUUCCCCUGUGAAAACACCAUUGGCCUCUCGAAUGAAGAAAACCCCUCGUUCCUCUGCUGCCGGUGAACCAACUCCUUCCUCUUCACAGUCAUUGAACCUUAAACCCCAACUUGAUGACGUCACAACAAACCCGUUGAUGCAGAAGGAAUUGUUGACCAAAGAAGACGUCAACAAACUCAGGAUCCUAUUGUUCAUGACCAUGGACGAAGUUUGCGAUAUUAUCAGUAAAAUCCCUUCGGCUGAUCUCAUCAAUGUUGCUGUCAAAGAUUACAAGCGCUUGCAGCAUCUGCUUCUCGCGCGGAAACUACUCAAAGACAAGACCAAGCCGGCCAAAACGCCUUCUCCAAAGAAAAAUAAGAACGAGACGGAUGUUGACAAGACUACACCAUCAAUUAAAGCAUCUCUUGUGAAGCGUCUCAUGACUUCCAAGGUAAGCCCACCAUUGCCUGCGCCUUCGAAACCAAAGGUGAUCAAUUCUCAUAUUCCGUGCGGGGAUAGUUUCUUUGAUGAAGAUCCCAGCCAUUCUACUCCUGUGCCAAAUUUGCUUGACAGAAACAGGAAGAACUCUGCUUCCUCGUCUCCUUCUGUGUCGAAAUUUAACGAGUCUCAUGAUGUUCUCAAUAAUAAUAAUAAUAACAACGAUAUCAGCAUUAAUGAUGAUUCUUUUAGUCAUGAAGAUGGGUUCUCGGAUGCUGAUGCUGAUGAUCUUAUAGCAUCUGUUGAUGAAGGAUCCAGUUUCCAGUUUGGUUACAAACUCUCAGAGAGCAGCUCCAAAAGUAACCCUGACAACCCUUCCGUUCCAGCUGUUGAAAACUCGUUUCAGAGUAGAUCAAGUUCCGAGAAAUUUUCUUCCUUCAACGAUUUACCAGAAGCAUCAAACUUUGACAACGACGGAAUCACUAGUUUGGGAAAGUUAUCUCCAAUUCGCAACAGGGAGAACCAAAAACUCAGCGAUAUUCUUAAAAAGAGCCCCCCUCCGAGCCCUGUUUUUAAAUCAGCCCUCUCCCAAAGCGAACCCAUGAGAUCUGCAUCUGACGAUGAAGAAACUUGCGGCACGUCGUCAGAAUUCGAUGGUUUCCAUUUUCCACACAGUGACGACAUGUUGACGAUGUUUAGACAAGUGUUUGGCUUAAAGAAAUUCCGAGGUUGUCAGUUGCAAGCCAUCAAUGCGUCCUUACUAAAUCACGAUUGUUUCAUUUUAAUGCCAACAGGUGGCGGUAAGAGUCUUUGUUAUCAGCUACCAGCACUGAUUAGUAACGGAGUUAGCAUUGUAAUAUCGCCUUUGCGAGCCCUAAUAAUGGAUCAGGUGGAACGGCUUUUGUCGUUAGACAUCCCGGCUGCAUCGUUAGCUGGUGAUGUAAGCUUGAAGGACUCCGAUUCUGUGUAUAUGCAGCUGUCCAUGAAAGAACCGGCUCUGAAACUUGUAUAUGUCACCCCAGAGAAAAUCUCCAGCAGUACCAAGUUAACGAAUUUGUUUGAAAACCUUAAUUCUCGCGGCUUACUCAGUCGAUUCGUCGUUGACGAAGCACAUUGCGUCAGCCAGUGGGGCCAUGAUUUUCGACCCGAUUACAAACGCUUGUAUUUGCUCAGAGACAAAUUUCCUCAUGUUCCCAUGAUGGCUCUGACAGCCACAGCCACUCUCCGUGUCCGAAAAGAUAUUAUACACCAACUCCACAUGAAGUCUCCGAAGUGGUUUGUGAAAAGCUUCAACCGACCGAAUUUGAAGUUUAGUCUAGCGGAGAAGAAACCCAAAUCCACUACUGACGAAAUUGCUGAAUUAAUUAAAUCCAAGUUUAGAAACCAGAGUGGCAUUGUGUACUGCUUGUCUCGCAAAGAAUGUGAUGAGGCAGCGAAGAGCCUGAGCAGGAAGGGAAUAAAGGCCAUCGCUUACCAUGCUGGUCUUUCGGACAACCAGAGGGCUCAGACUCAGGAAGGAUGGUUAAAUGAUAUUUGGAAAGUCAUCUGUGCCACCAUUGCAUUUGGAAUGGGUAUAGACAAACCCGAUGUGCGUUUUGUCAUUCAUUUCUCAAUGCCGAAGUCUGUCGAAGGAUAUUAUCAAGAAUCUGGGCGAGCAGGGCGCGAUGGCCUUCUGGCGUCUUGCACGCUCUUCUACAAUUACCAGGACGUGAAACGAUUGCGUCGGAUGAUCGACCUGGACAGGAACUGUACCUACGAAUCCAAGAGAGUCCACAUAGACAACCUCUACCAAAUGGUGCGCUAUUGUGAGAACCGGGCGGAUUGUCGGAGAAGUCAGUUGCUGCAGUAUUUUGGUGAAUAUAAUUUCAACACUGAGAUAUGUAACGAAUUUCCUGGGGCUAUUUGUGAUAACUGUUCAUCGAAAACCACUUUCCAUGUUCGUGAUGUCACUGAGGACGUGAAAGGGAUCAUCCGGUUUGUCAAAGACAUGUGCCAUGACCGUAAUUUCAAUUGUACUCUUAUUCACCUGACAGAGGUGUUCCGAGGUUCUCGUAAUAAGGGUGUCUUGAGUCUGGGUCAUGAUAAACAUUCCUUACAUGGAAGGGGCCAAAGCUACUUGUCACAGGAUGCCACCAGGUUACUACGUAAACUAGUCAUUGACACGGUCCUCAAAGAAGAACUGACGGUGACGGCGAUGGACCACACUGUGUGUUACGUCAAACUUGGAGCACGGGCUAACGAGGUGAUGACGAACAAGUUGAAAAUAAACCUACCUGUUCAUAGCGGAAAGAAGGCUGUCAUCACUGAUGUCGACACCGAGGUUGUCACAGACAAGAAGAAGCUUUUGGACGAUUGCUACCAAGAGUUGCUGGAGUUGGCCAAGCAAAUUGCUCAGGAGAGACACAUUCACAACUACGCGUCUGUGUUUCCCAAUCCGAUGCUGCUCUCCAUGGCUACGGAAGUCCCGCUGACCAUCGAUGAGAUGCAGGAAAAGAUAGACGGACUCACCAAGCAGAAGAUUGCCAAGUACAACGCUGAGCGCUUCCUUGAGAUUACCAACAAGUACUGCAUGCUUUACUCCAAUCUCAACACCUACAGUUCCUCGGUGCCGUCGGAGGAUUUCAGCGAAGGGUGGGAGUCCCCGUAUUUCGCUUCAAAUUCUUCAAAUACUUUCUCGGCCAACAGCAUCAAGAGAAAGCAACCAUUUCGUCGAAAGGGCACCUACAAGAGAAAGAGGAAGAGAAAAACUACAAAGAGAUCUUCAGCGUCGUCGUCACCCGUAAAACGAAGCACAGCAUUCAAAGCUGCUACCAGUACAGCCAAGAAUUCUUUAAAGAAAUUUCAGUAUUCACAAAACAAAGGUUCAAAAUCAGCAAGUUCGAGUAAACUUGGUUAUAUGCCAGUACCAAAAUUGAAAAGUUCGUUUUUUUCUUAAAUCUUACAACCUCACCGCCCUGCAUCUUGUCUCUCCCACAAAUACUGUAUUUGAUGGAUUUUAAUGACCCAGGUUUAUUUGGUGCACCUGUUCGGAAAAAAACCCUGGGGGAUUUUAGGAGACCUUUUUUUGGAAAGAAGUGUUCCUUCUUAAAUCUUACAGCCUCACCACCCGGCAUCUUGUCUCUCCCACAAAUACUGUAUUUGAUGGAUUUUAAUGACCCAGGUUUAUUUGGUGCACCUGUUCGGAAAAAGACCCUGGGUGAUCUUAGGAGACAUUUUUUUGGAAAGAAGUGCAUCUUAUGAGCUUUCACAUGUGGUAAUUGAAGAAAAUCUGCAACUGAAAAUAACUUUGUGAAGAGUAUUUUGAGAAUGGCUGUGAUUUAUUUAGCUUUGUUGCAAAAUAUAUAACAAUAUUAUGGAUGAGACAUGAACAGUGUUAUAAAAUAUUUAUUUAUUAUUUUUAAAAUUAUUUUGUGGCUAAUUAAAGAAAAGAAAAUUGAAAAGUAAAUCUCAAUCUUUGAACAAAAUCUUAAUUACACAGCUGUUUUCAAGGUACCAUUUACAAGACAGUGAAGGUACAUGGCUUAGUGGUUACAGUUUUGUAGUCAGAAUUGUGAGAUUGUGGUUUCAAUUCCCGGAUUGGAUGGUAUGUUGUGUUCUUGAGCAAAAAACCCUUCAUUUCACAUUGCUCCAGUCCACUCAGCCAUAAAUGGAUAACCCUGCCUCGGACUGGUGUCCACUUCAGGUCAGAAUGCUCUGAUCCCGAUUAUUUAUAUGCAGUGUAAACUGGGUGACCAGCCCCAUGAGUCCCGGGACUUGUGACAACAAUAUCCAAAGGAUGAUGACGAUGAUGAUGAUGAUGGUUUAAAAGUUACCCUUUCAAAUGGUGAUGAAAUAUUUCAGUGCACAACAGAUGACUCUUGUAUUUUAUAGUUGACUUUUGUUUCUUCAUGAGACUCUUGACUCUCAGAAAGACUCGGAGUUUAAAAAAAGACUCAACAUCUGUGAUUCUAAACACUCCAAUUGGAUUUUUGUUUUUGUUCUUUUCUUCGGCCUUUAA